AUGGCCUACGUGGAAGUCGGCACUGGCGACCCCAUUGUCUUCCUUCACGGCACCCCGACCUCCUCGUACUUGUGGCGCAAUAUCAUGCCCUUCCUCGAAGGCAAAGGGCGUCUCAUCGCCCCUGAUUUAAUCGGCAUGGGCGAUUCCGACAAGCUCGACAACAGCGGCCCAAACCGCUACACUUUCGUCGAGCACACCAACUACCUCUUCCCGCUGCUCGAGGCCAUCGGCGUGAAGGAGCGCGUCACCCUGGUCAUCCAUGACUGGGGUUCCGCUCUAGGCUUUCUGUGGGCGUACUACAACCGCAAUAAUCCCAACGCAGUCAAGGCCAUCGUGUUCUUCGAGGCGUUUGUCGCCCCCUUCCCCUCGUUCGACGAGCUUCCAGACGGCGGAGAGUUCUACCGCCCCUUGAGGAGCCCGGCGGGCGAGAAACUGGUGCUGCAGGAGAACUUUCUCAUCGAGGAAGCCUUCUUUGGUACAGGCAAUUUCAGCGAAAAGGAUAAAGCAGUCUACCGCAGGCCGUAUUUGAAACCAGGAGAGUCGCGUAGGCCAAUGCUGACGUGGUCGAAGCAGAUUCCCAUCGGUGGUAACCCGGCGGAUGUCACCGCACUGAUCGGUGCGUACUCAAAGUGGCUCGAGAAGGCAAAGAUUAGAAAGUUGUUCAUUAACGCUGAGCCGGGCUUCUUUUCGCCUUUUGCCAGGCCGAUUGUGCGGAAGUGGCCUAUGCUGACGGAAGUUACGGUUCCGGGAUUUCAUUUCAUACAGGAGUCGGUCCCGGGCAGAAUUGGCCGGGCUAUUAAGAAGUGGUUGUGA